CCUAAGACGUGUAUCCCACGAAAAGUAAGAGAGCCAUCAAGCCAAUCGAUUUUGAACCAAACCGGAUAUAGGCGGACAACUGACAUACAGACUUACCACGCAGCAUCAUACAAGUGAUUAUAAUUAUAAUUAUACACAUACAAAGAAACGACAAAGAAACAACGCAAUUCGGCCGCAAAGGGAAUAUGCCACACAGCAACCAUCACAGUCCUAACCGAGCAUUCCUUUGGUAUUGUCUGUUGCUGGCCUGCUUCGGUAGUUGCUGCUCCUUUGUCACGCACCGCCAAAUCCACACCCGAGCCGCCAUGCCGGAAUCAACCCCAAAGAAUCCCAGACCGGCGACACCCGCUCGCGGAAAAAGCGAUAGCGCUUCUGACGCACCCGUUCACGAUCUGCACCGGCGGUCGCGGCAGGCGACUCUAACGCGGAUGCGCUCGUCGCCGCCACAAUCCCCCCCCGAUGCCGCUGCGGGCAGCAACCACCACGGCGAUGGGAUGGCCCCGAGCUUGUUCUGGCCGAGCAACUCGAACCCAACCAAGAAACCGGCCGCUUCUGUCCCUGGCGAGGAAACCCCUGUCGAUGCGGAGUAUUGUAACAACGAAGGCGAGGAAUACGACGACUACGACGAGGGCAGCUACUACCACGACUGCGACUACUACGACGAGGUCUUUGACUCGAUCGUCAAAAUCUACGCGACACACAAUUUCGAGCCGGACACGACGAUGCCCUGGCAGAAGCAGAAGUCGUACAACUCCUACAGCAGCGGAUUCGCCAUCAACGGACGACGGAUCCUGACCAAUGCCCACUCGGUCGAAUACGCAGGCCAGGUCCUGGUGCGGCGGAGGGGAUCCUCGAGAAAGUACCGGGCCACCGUGGAGGUGGUGGCGAACGAGUGCGACCUAGCGGUACUCACCAUUGCAGACGAAACCUUUUGGACGACACGAACGGAGUACGAUGAGGACGAGGACGACGAAUACGAUGAUUAUGAGGAGGAUGAGGAGGAAGAAGACGGUGGCAGCGAAAAAGGUGCAGUCGCCGAAGCGUCCCCCGGAGACGACGCCAUCAAACCCCUAUCUUUUGGAGCCCUACCGGAGCUCCAGGACGAGGUCGAGGUCCUGGGCUACCCAACGGGGGGCGACUCACUGAGCGUCACCAAGGGCGUUGUUUCCCGGAUCGAGGCCACCGAGUACGCACAGUGCUCCGGUUCGCACCUGCUGGCGAUCCAGAUCGAUGCGGCCAUCAACGGUGGAAACUCAGGCGGCCCGGUGGUCGAUGCGGCCACCGGACGCGUCGUCGGCGUCGCCUUUCAGGCUCUGGAGCACGCCGAAAACAUUGGAUACGUAGUGCCGGUGACUGUGGUGCUGCACUUUCUGGAGGGACUCCAACGGCACGGGGGGACGUAUUCCGGAGUCACCUGCCUGGGGGUCCGCUAUUCGAGGCUGGAGAACGAAUCGAUGAGGAGGUACCUGAAACUUCCGGACGCAGUCGAAACCGCCAAACCGAACGGUGGCAAGAAAAAAUCCAGGCGCAAAAAAAGCAGCAACAGCCACGCACAGGGCGGAGUUGUGGUCCGGAGCUGCUACCCGACGUGUCCCUCGCGGAACGUCCUGAGGGAAUCCGACGUCAUUCUCUCCAUCGACGGGAUCCCCGUGGCCAGCGAUGGGAACGUUCCCUUUCGGCGGAACGGAAGGGAACGGGUCUCCUUUUCCAGCUACGUCCAGACAAAGUUUUCCGGGGACACGGUCGCGCUCGACCUAUGGCGAGACGGCGGCUCAUUAAAAGUGGACGUCCCGCUGGCCGUCUCGAGGGACCUGGUACCGCCCCACUGGAACAACCAGUCUCCACCUUAUUUCAUCGUCGGUGGGCUGGUCUUUACGGCCCUUAGCAUUCCUUACUUGGAAGACUGCGGGGCAUGGGGGGAAUACGUCUCCGACUCGCUGAGCUACCUCAUGAACAAAGUCUACGAGCCUCUGGAAAAGCCCGGCGACCAGGUAGUGGUGCUGAUCAACGUUCUGGCCCACCCGGCCAAUACGGGAUACGACGGACUGACCAAUCUGCACCUCCGAUCCGUGAACGGGGCCCCCGUGCGGUCCCUGAGGCACCUAAAAGAGCUCAUCGAGGCCGAGCAGCAAGGCACACACCCGGGAGCAUCACCCAACGGAACCGACAGCAAAGACACCAGGGACACAGAGCCACGCUUCUUACGGCUCGGAUUUGGGUCCAAGACCAACGAAGGCGACGGAGGAAUCCUUGUUGUGCUUGAAACCGAUUCCAUCGAGGACAUUAACCGGGAGGUAUGCGAGGAGCACUCGAUACAACAUCCCUUUUACUUUCCUCCUCUAGCAUCCAACGAGUCGUCGGAAUCGCAAUCAUAACGUAGUACGACAUAGGAAAGCCUUUGAAUAUCUUAUAAUA